AUGGGGGAUACGGACAGCCCCAAUCCCAAUCCCAAUCCCAACCCAAACCCCACCCCACCCCACCCCCCUGUUGCUGGUGGCGGCGGUGCUCUUUCUUCCGCAGAUCGCUCCAAGAACAGCCAGCCCCACCGAAGCCCCCUUCAACCGCACCCACCGCCGGCACGGCUGGAAGAGGAAGACGGCCCCGUAUGCUCCAACUGUAUUUGCUUCUCCGCCAUCGCCGGGAUGCUCAAUCGCCGCCGAAUAGGAUUCUUGUGUCUCAUCCUCUGCACCCCGUUUCUCCUCCCCCUCUUCUUCGCCACUUGCCCCUUAAUCUGCGCCGUCGAAGUUUGCUGCUUCUUGUGCCGCAAGCGUCGGAAGGGCGCCAAGGGGCAGGGUCGGGGUAGAGUUGAGGCGGGAAAGGGUAGAGGCGGAUUGCUGCAGCGGUACCUGGAAGAUCAGUUACUGCUGGUGACGAUGGGAUCGGUGGACGGUGUCGGCGGAACGGUAGACGAAGAAGAAGAUGAAGAUGAUGAUGGGGUCGAUGUGGAAUAUUUUGAGAGUGCAAGGACCUUUCUGCAAUAGUUGCUGCUGCCCUGCCUGCAGUGGACUUUUUCCACGUAUUACUUGGAUCAAGUCUAUAGAGUGGAUGUGGAUUGUGAUUCCUCCCUCCCGCCGACCCACCCUCAGUUUUAUCACAUGUCUGUCAGUUUCGUUUUUAUGUUUUUUUAACAGAACUGACCGACAGUAUUAGUCAUAAGAUUUUCUUCUUGUAAAUAUAUACAUAUGAAGGCGUAAAUACUCGAAAGCUCGAGUUCAGUUGA